AUGAUAGAGACCAUCGGCAUGGCUCUGGGCUUCAAACCCUCCGCCUUGCACUCACAUCUCGCCAUGCUCUCAGCAGACCCAUUAUUCCACAUCCCAGUCUGGAUUCAACUUGUGGGAGUCCUGAUCUUACUCGCCUUCGCAUAUCGCAUACUCUACGAGCUUUACUGGUCACCACUCGCUCAGUUCCCCGGCCCAAGGCUCUGGGCCAUCUCUCGCAUCCCCGGCCAGUUGUCCAUGCUCCGAGGAACCAAUCAUCUAGAUAUUACCGCUCUACAUGAGCGGUACGGACCGGUGGUUCGCACUAGCCCGACGGAAAUAGUGUUCAAUGCGCCCGGCGCAUAUCGCGAUAUCUACGGUGCACGGCCGGGGGGAUGUUUUCCGAAAGAUCCAACGCGUUACCUGCCGCCGGCGAAUGGCGUAAACCAUCUCGUGGGUGAGACUGAUCAUGCCACGCAUUCUCGGCAGCAGAAAUUGCUGGCGCCGGCAUUCUCUGAGCGGGCUUUGAGGGAACAGGAACCUCUAAUUACGGGGUAUAUCGAUACGAUGAUUUCCAAGCUGCGGGGCGAGAUUCAAAAGGGUGCUCCAGUGUGUGAUAUCAAGAGCUGGAUGAAUUAUACCACCUUUGAUAUCACCGGGGACCUGAUGUUCGGCGAGUCCUUUGGUUGUCUGAAGAAUAGUCAAUUGCACCCGUGGAUUGACUUGAUUUUCAAGUCAAUCAAGGCGCUGGCAUACGACGGUAUGGCGCGGCAGUUUCCGCUUUUCCACAGCUUGCUGUUUGCACUUGUCUCGAAGCAGAUCAAGCGAAAGGCUGAAGAGCACUUCAACCUUGCUGCUCGUCGAGCGGAUCGGCGGUUGGAGACGAAGACGACGCGGUCGGACUUUAUGUCUGCUAUUUUGCAGAAUGGUCUGAGUGAAUCGAACGAGCAGCACGACGAUGGACCACGGAUGAUGACUCGAGCGGAGAUUCACUCGAAUGCGUUCAUUCUGAUCAUUGCAGGAAGUGAGACUAGCGCAACGCUUUUGUCCGGGUGCAUCUUCUACCUUUGCAAGAAUCCUCGCAUUAUGAGCCAACUCGUCCACGAAAUUCAAUCUACGUUCCAGACAGCUGAGGACAUUACAUGCCGCAGCUCUGCUACACCCCCGUACUUGGCUGCUGUCAUUGAAGAGUCGCUUCGGAUAUAUCCACCUUUUGUGACCAACCUUUCGCGCCUUGUCCCAGCGGGUGGAGCGAGUAUUGAUGGCCAUUUCGUGCCGGAGGGGGCACUCAGUUGUCACCAUUACGCUUCCUAUCACUCCGCCUCGAACUUUGCUCUUCCCAACACCUUUAUCCCGGAACGGUGGCUCGGAAACGACCCCCGCUUCGAUGGCGAUAACAAGGACAUGCUGCAGCCCUUUAGUCUCGGACCGAGAGGUUGUAUAGGAAAGACACUGGCCUAUUGCGAGAUCCGGCUGAUCCUCUGCAAACUGCUGUACAACUUUGAUUUCACCCUGUCUCCCGAGAGCUCUGAUUGGACGAACCAGAAGGUGUAUUACCUUUGGGAUAAACCUGCACUCAAGGUCAAACUACGGGACCGUUUCUCGGAUGGAGAAGAGCAGGAGGAUGCGUAG